GAUAUCCUGUCUAUCUAGUAUCUAGUGAUUGUUCGCUAUCCCCAUGUACACUUUGACCAAUCCUGGGGAAAUAUAGCUUUGGGAAAGCUCAUGCUUAGAAUGUUCAUAGUUUCACAAUUUCAUGGAGGUUGACAUGAUUGUCCUGACUAAUGGUGGUCGCAUUCUUGGUCUGGGUGAUCUUGGGGUCCAGGGAACUGGAAUACCCAUUGGAAAUCUUGAUAUGUAUGUCGCUGCUGCUGGAAUCAAUCCACAGAGAAUUUGGGACUUUGGCACCCUCAGUUGGAAGGAGAGGAGUAUCUAUCAAUUGUUGAUGAAUUUAUGGAGGCAAUUCACGUCCGUCGGCCCAAGGCUAUUGUGCAGGGAAUUGCUGGUGUUGCACUGGCAGGACUGCUUGGAAGCGUAAGGGCACAAGGUCGAGCAUUGACUGACUAUGUGAACCAGAAGAUAGUUGUAGUUGGAGCUGGAAGUGCAGGGCAUGAUGUUUUUAACAUGGCUACAAAGGCUGUUUCAAGAAUGGCAGGAGCUGAAGCAAGUCCUCAGUUUUUCCUACUUGAUAAAGAUGUGUGGUUCUACAGCUAUUACUUGCUCUCUAACUUUUUUGUUCCUAAUGUCAAUUACCGUAUUAGCCUUUAUUAUGUGUUACUGGGUAUUUAUCUUCUAAUAAAAUGUGGAGAACAUAUGUUUGUACAUAUUUGUAAAGAAAGAGAUUUU